AUGUCUGGCUAUCAAACAUUGUCUCUUGGCCUCGUUGGCUUUGUUUUGGGCAUUUCGUGGCUUUACCGCUGGGCGUUACCAAAGCCUAUACCCGGAAUUCCUUACAACAAACAUGCUGCCUCGAGGCUGUUGGGUGACUUACCUGACAUGCAAGCGUACCGCAGUCGGGGUCUUAGUUUUCGACCUUGGCUAGGUGAAAUAGGCCGUCGUCACAACUCCCCCGUGGUUCAAAUCUUUAUUGCGCCUUUCCUGAAACCAUAUAUAGUCCUGAAUGACUUUUGGGAGAGUUACGACAUCAUGUAUCGCCGCACGAAAGAAUUCGACCGAAGCAAACGUAACGCAGAUACUUUUGGAGCGAUCGUUCCAGAGCACCACAUCUCCAUGACUUCCUUCGACCCACGGUUCAAGUCAAACAAAGAGCUGGUCAAGGACCUAAUGACCCCUGGCUUCUUACAUAAUGUCGUUGCUCCGUCUUUGUACAAUAAUGCGCAGACGCUAGUGAAACUAUGGCAAUGCAAAGGAGAGAAGGCUGCCGGGAGACCAUUCGACGCCAAACGCGAUCUCAAUGCUACCGCUCUCGAUACCCUGUGGACUGCAGCGUUCGGUUUUUCUGCAGGCCCUUGUGCGCUUCCAGCGUAUAUCAACGCCGUUAAACAAGCCUGCGUGCAACUGCCAGCAAACAAGGAUGAAGCUGUUGUAUUCCCAACGAUAACACUAUCAGAGGGCAUGAGUUGCCUCGUAGGUAGUAUAGGUCUUCUUGACCGUAUACUAGGAUCGCCAUGGCCUAAACUGAAGAUGCGGCUGAUUGCUACCUUUACGUCAGCGCGAGGACUUCUCAAACGGCAGCGCAUCUUUCUUUCUUCGACCAUUAUUAAGUGCGCAGAAAGAAUAGAGGCUCACAAAGGCGAAGUGAAAGCACAGUGCUCGAUGGACUACAUGGUUUUGCGGGAGAAGAACGCUGCAAUCAAAGCUGGUCGGCAGCCUAUUUAUGAUAGCGCAAGAAUGCGAGACGAGCUACUUGGGUAUAUGGCAACCGGCCAUGAGACUACCGCGACAACUAUGAACUGGAUAGUAAAAUUUCUCAGCGAUAAUGAAGCGCAGCAAAGCAUCCUUCGAGACCAUCUUUACAGUGUUUUUGCUGCUGCGCGAGCGGAAAAUCGCCAACCUACGGUUGAGGAGAUCAUCACCACUCCAGCUCCAUAUUUAGACGCGUUCGUUGAAGAAGGGCUUCGCUAUCAGCACUCAGUACAGAUCAAUUUGCGAGAGAGCAUUGUCGAUACGGUUGUUCUGGGUCACCCCGUGCCUAAGGGUACAACGAUUUUCAUGUACACUCGUGGACCGAGUUACCUUUCGCCAGCAUUUCACGUUGAUGAGAGUCUACGUUCAAAAUCUUCCAACGACGCAAAGAAAAGAGUCGGGGAAUGGGAUGAAGAGACCAUCGAACAAUUUGAACCGCUAAGGUGGCUCAAGCCCAAAAAGGACGUUGCGUCAGUGGGUGAUUUGGAAUUUGCACCCUCAUUCUCCGGUUACGACUUUGACCAACAAGCCGGCCCUACAAUGCCCUUUGGCGCUGGACCGAGAAUUUGCUUUGGCCGAAGAUUUGCAUACCUCAGCUUACGUAUGUACGUAGCUAUGAUUGUCUGGAAUCUCGAACUCUCACCCUGCCCCACAGAUCUCAAUUCGUAUGAUGUGUUGGAUGGCGCUGUCAGCCAACCAAGACAGUGCUACGUGAGGGUUCAUUCAGCGAAUCAAUCUUCUUAA